AUGAUGAAAAACAGCUCUACCAAUGGGGAGCCGCGCGCGCACGCACACACGCGCGCCGGCCCUCCCCCACCUCCCCCACCCCAUGCCCCCUCCGCGACACCCUCCAUAGAUAACAUUCGAUUUGACGAUUCUGGACGAACCCGAAGCGAAGCAAUGGUGCGCUGCCAGUCCUAUAUAAAAUUAAAUAUUCCAAUGCCCACGCUUCGUUCAGUUCCUGUCCUUAAUCUAACAUUAAUCGGUGAAGCGGGCGGCCGAGUACUCCGCCGGCGCCGGCGCCGCGUGGACUUGUUCCCUAUUUGUAUUUCCGAGCCGACAGUCAACAUGGAGAAUGUGUCUUCUAUGUCACAAAGAAAUGAAGAACAACGAGAAGGAGAUAAUAAUGAAGCACUACAAUUAGUUAAAAACGAAGAACGACAUGAAAUGGCAGUAAAUGAGGCGAACUCAAAUGCAAACAAUGACAGCGGGUCAUCCGUAGUCACCGUCUCUGAACACAACGCCGAACAACACUCAGUCAUCACUUCACGUCGGGCUCUCAGAACUAUAACAACCGCUGGGCAUAUAACGGAUGCGACUGAUUUGAAUGAUGAAGGCGUGAAAGAUGAGCCACCUGAACCCCCACCGAUAGAGCACGAUCAGUUGCAGUAUGCGCCCAAACUCGAGGAUGUGGAUGGUCGAGCCGCUGCAAGUCAUUACGACGAAGAAAGAUUGCGUAUGGCAGAAGCAGAAACUGCACGAUAUUUGGCGUUUAAGCAAGAGCCGUAUCGAUCGUUACAGUCGCCGACCCUGGCGCCGCAAGACAAGCGACCGCAGCCACAGUACGCACGAGCCCCCCCGCCAAGACCAGCUUACGGUCGAGGUCUAGCUCUACGUUACGGAACCCCCCAUCAUGUCAUAGUGGCACAAGAUGGAGAAAACGAAGAACAUGCUCACGAAGCAUUUCUACAAAAAGAAAAAGCCGAACAGUUGCAACAAGCUUACGUAGCGUCCGAAGCCAACGCACAAGACGGACGACAGUACGCCGCAGUGCUGGGCGAACAAGUAGCCGUCUCCUCCGCAUUAGAAAUGAUACAAACAACUUCCUUAAGCAAUCAGCAAGCUGUCGGAGUUGCUUACCAACAGGUCAAAUAUGAGUCACGCGGCGAGGGCGAGCCGCGACCGACAACGUACGCAAGCCUGCAGCCGGUCACGUCUGUGCACAGCGCGAGCGGGUACACCUACGCCGGCCAGAGCCCUCAGUACGCGGCCGCAGGCUACAGUACAUACGGCGGCGGCAAAGAACUCUUAACCUUGUAUGGCACCGGAGCUGGUGCUCCUCGAGGAGACGAUUCUCCUCCUGGUCAACUGCUCUACCGAAGUGAUCCUACCCUUUCGUCAUCAUCGCUCAAUACUCGAAGCGGCCACGUCGUUUACGGCUCUGUUGUGCCACAGUCACAGGCAGUUUACGAGAAUCCACCUAGUCCUAACUCUCAACAGGUGAAUGUGUUGUACACCCACGGCAAUACAGUACAAUAUAAGGUCGGCGGGGAACACUACCUCGGUCAGGGCGGGGGCGUGGAGUUUGUUCCCGUAUCAGGGUACGAGGGAGGCUUACUAGUGGAGAGCUACGCGGCGCCCGCACAGGCCUGGCCGGCACAUAAUCUGCUGCCUAUUGACGACGGAUUUGAUCCGAGUAUGGCAGGAAUGGGUGAAAUGAAGGAGUGCGUCAAUUGUGCGGCGGCGACUACGCCUCUGUGGCGACGCGAUGGUACAGGGCACUACUUGUGUAACGCAUGCGGACUUUACACACGCAUCAAUGGCGUAAAUCGACCACCACUCAAAGGUCAAAAAGCAAAACCCCAACAGGCUCUCCCCACAAAUGGCAACAGGCGAGUUGGAGUAACUUGUGCAAAUUGUCGCACUUCCAACACGACGCUGUGGCGACGCAAUAACAACGGCGAGCCGGUCUGCAACGCCUGCGGACUCUACUUCAAGCUACACAACGUGAACCGUCCGUUAAGUAUGAAGAAAGAUGGCAUUCAAACUCGGAAGCGGAAGCCAAAAAGCAUGGGUGGAGGUGCAGGAGGCGCGGGGGUCUCUAGAGGCGGUACUCUAUCUGGGUACCAACGC